AGAAUGGAGAUCAAUUCUCUGGUGGUUCUGCUCUGUUUCCUGGCAGGGGUUUCAGACGUGGACGCGUAUGAUCUGACACUAACAGGGAAGGAGGGGGAAGAUAUCACAAUUACAUGUUCUCACUCCAAUGCUUACAGCAACACAAAGUAUUUCUGCAGAGAAGCAUGUGACUACGAAGAUAUCCUCAUAACCAGCAAAGGUCCAAACACAGCCAAGUAUCACAUAACUGACAGAGGGAAUAAUUUUUAUGUGACCAUUUAUAACCUGGAGGAGAAAGACUCAGGAACAUACUGGUGUGGAAUAGACAGAGUUGGCCGGGACACAUAUAAUAGAGUGGACCUCACCGUUGUCAAAAAGCCUCAAGAGAAGAAAGAAAAUGAAGACAAAAAGAACGCAAUUACGCCAGAGAUGAAAAUAACUGGAGAGAACAAUAAAAAUGUUGCGGUGAAGGGGAACGUUACUGAUGCGCCAGAUGUAGUACCAGAACCACCUCCAUCCUCAGAAACUGUGGUGUACAUCGGACGCGGUAUUUGCUGUGGGGUUCUGGUUCUGGUCCUUCCCUUGUUCUGCCUCCAACGAAGGCGAUGCCUGGGAGCAUCCUCUGCUGAAAAACCAGACCGUCGCUCCACCAACUCUCCAGAUCCAGCAGCUGUCAUUUACUCUGACGUCACUGUGAACAGAGCCUUCCAGCCAACCCAGGAGCAUGGAAGGGCCUCCAUCUGAGGAGGUCACCUAUUCUGCCAUCA